AAACGACCAAUGAAAUUGAUAGGCAUUUUCUUCGAAUGGAUACUUGGUACACACUAUGUGACUAUAAAUCUAGAGUCUAGCCCUAAAAUAAACAUUGUUCUUUAAACAUUUUCUUAUGUUUUUGUCAUGGCCUUUGUCUCACCACGUAAGGUACUAAGAGCCAAACAAGCCCCUCAGAUCUCACAACCUGAAAACUCCCAGUUCAAAAGUGUCACCUUCUCAGAUGAGACCAUUGAAACCUCCAUUGGCGGAACACAGCGUAUCGGCAAGAUAAAAAAAGAUUUGCUUCUUCACUUUGAUGUGUCUUCCUGCUUGAGCGGAGCAUCAAAAUUGACCACCCAAAGCUGCGAUACUGGCACAGCCAGCAAGGCAGAAAAUGUGUCUGUGGGUAAAGAAAAUAAAGAGAGUGUAUCAGAUGCUAGCAAAACAAAAGCCUGUGAGACAGCUGUGUCUACCUCCGCCAGCAGUAGUUUGUCUUCCAAAAGCAAUACUGAGACAUUUCAGUCUCCAAGCACACGAAUAAAACCUACCAUUGGCAAAUCACGUGUAAAAGAAAAAUCAAGUGAUAAGCUGAAUACUACUGUUGAAAAGAAAGAAGGCACAAACAAUGCAAAUCUUAAAGCUAACAGGAAUUCCAAAGAUUUUCUGGGCAGUAAUGAUAAACUUAGUGAUCACAAGAUGGAUGGUACAACAUGCAGUACAACUCCCAGAGUCAAGAGAAAUUCCAGAGACUUUCUUGGCAGUAAUGAUAAUCUUAGCGAUCACAAAAUGGAUGGUACAACUUGCAGUACCACGCCCAGAGUCAAGAGAAAUUCCAGAGACUUUCUUGGCAGUAAUGACAAUCUAACUCCUGGCAACAGAAAAAAUGAUGGCACAGGAAACAAAUUUCUAAAAGUCGAUAGAAACUCAAAAGAUUUUCUCGGCAGUAAUGAUAAUUUAAGCAGUAAAAAGUCAGAUGGCAUGACCACAAGCAACAGAACUCCAACGGUCCAACGAAAUUCCAAAGAUUUUCUUGGCAGCAAUGAUAAUUUAAGUGAAAAAAUUGAAGAUAGUUCUUCAGAUUCAAGCCUGAGUGUUAAAGAUAAUCCCAGGAAAACCAUGGAUCACAUAGAGAGUAUCGCAUUGACUCCUUUCCAAGCACCACAUGGUAAAAAUGCUCGCAGGCACACGCUGGAAAGUAAACUGUUCUCCACCCCGGACUGUUUUCACGAUGUGAGCUUUGACAGGGCCAAACUGUUUUCUACUUUGAAUCAAGAGGACCAGGUUCAAUCUCUGGCUGAUGGAGAGGACAGUUGCAGCGUGGUGGUAGCUGUCAGAGUCAGACCAUUUUGUGAAAGGGAACUUCGAGAUUCUAACUGCAGAUGUGCCGUCCAAAUGCAGGGCAACGAAACAACUGUGGUGUCAGAUACUGGAGCCACUCACCGUUUUGUUUAUGAUUUUUCCUUCUGGUCUCAUGACCAGAGCUCAGGAGACUACUGCGAUCAGGAAGCUGUCUAUGCCAGGCUUGCACAGCCACUACUGGGAAAAGCCUUUGAGGGCUACAACACUUGCCUUUUUGCUUACGGUCAAACAGGGAGUGGGAAGAGCUAUAGUAUACUUGGGUCACCCACUGAUGUUGGCAUCAUUCCAAGGUUUUGUUCAGACUUGUUUAGUCGUGCAGAUAUGCUCACAACUAAGAAAAAGGUCAAGGUGAAGGUUGAAAUUAGUUUCUUUGAGAUCUACCAAGAGAAAAUCCACGACCUUCUUGCCAGCAAUGAGGAGAAAGGGGCCAAGAAAGUUACACUUGAUGUAAGAGAGCACCCGGUCCUGGGACCCUAUGUGGAGGGUCUGUCCACUUAUGUAGUCAACUCUUUUGAGGAAGUCAAGAACUUGAUUACAAAGGGGGGCAACAAUAGGUUUACAGCAGCUACAGAAAUGAAUCUCCACAGCAGUCGAUCUCACUCUGUCUUCACCAUUGUCUUAAGUCAAACCAAAAUUGGCAUCACAGGUGGCCAGGAACAUGAACUCUGCGUCAACAGUAAGAUUAACUUAGUAGACUUGGCCGGAAGUGAGAGACAGUCGACAGCCAAUACAAGUGGUGAAAGACUUAGAGAAGGAGCCAGCAUUAACAAGUCCCUGUUGACACUUGGGAAAGUGAUAUAUCUUCUAUGUGAACGUUCACAGCAAGGCAACAAAAAAGGGAAGCGGAACAAAAAGGACAAAAUGUAUAUACCUUACCGAGACUCCCUUUUGACUUGGCUGUUGAAGGAAUCCUUGGGAGGCAACUCAAAGACUGCCAUGAUCGCAACCAUCUCCCCUUCCAACCAACACCUUGAGGAGACUUUGAGCACUUUGCGCUACGCGCAGCAGGCCAGGUCCAUCGUCAAUGUUGUGCGCAUCAACGAGGUCCCUAAAGACAAGCUCAUAAGGCAAUUACUCAAUGAGAUAGAGCAGCUGAGAGCCCAACAAAAGGGCACUACCAAUGAAGAUGCUCUGGCUGCUAGCACAGCUGAAAUUGCUCGGCUGAAGCAGGAAAUGGAGGAGUUAAGGCGGUCUUUGAAAGAACGUCUCCUAGAUGCAGAAAUCAAGAAGGCUGAAGAAUUAAAGAGCUCAGCAGAGAAAUCUGGAUUGACAUUCAAAGUAGACAACACCCUACCCAAUCUGGUCAACUUGAGUGAGGCUCCACAAAUCUCUGAAAUGUUGCUGUAUGUACUUAAAGAAGGCGAGACCAGAGUUGGGCGCAACGUUGACAACUCUGACCUUGACAUUAAACUGAUGGGGGAUUUGAUAGCAGACAAUCACUGUGUUAUCACCAAUAAGAAAGAUAUUGUUGAGAUCACACCCAUCGAUGAUGCCCCAACCUACAUCAAUGGCAACCUUCUAUCCCAAACUACAGUCUUACAUCAUGGAGACCGAGUUAUCUUAGGGGAAGAUCAUUACUUUAGAUUUAAUCACCCAAUGGAAGUACAAAAGACUUUAGACAAAGAGGGAAGUAACUCUGAUAUUAAAGAUUAUGAAUUUGCAAAAGAAGAGCUUCACAGGGUUCAAACUGCAAGAGUACAAGAGUUACUGGACGUAGAAGGAGAGAAGAGCAGACAAGAGUUACAACAACUGAGAAAAAGUUAUGAAAACAAACUUAGAAAUCUAGAAACUGCUCUGGCUGCGGAAAAAGAAAGGUUUAGUGAAGCUCAGGGGACAAUCAAGAAAUUGAAGGAGGCAAAUGUUGACAGUAACAAAGAAGCCCAGGCCACCAUAAGUCAUUUAAAACACAAUCUUCUGAUGCUGGAGAAAAAAGCUCAAGAGGGAAUAAGUCACGAGAAGUUGGAACAGUCCCAUUCGGAACAUGCUUGGUCAAGGUGGGAAGGCUUCCUUGUGGCUAAUAUCAAUGAGAAAAGGAAACGCUUAGAAUACGCACGGAGAAAGAAGCUGGAAGCCAGCGUGCCGGCCACGUUGGUGAACAUGCAGAAGAGCAUUCUUGGCAGCCCUGGUUCAAAGAGAGAUCUGUGCGGGAAAGCGUUGUCAGUGCGAGAAGCCAACAAGAUCAGUCAGCAGAUGCAAACAAAUAUGGAGUUUUAUGGAGAUUAUUUACAAACUGACAACCCAAACAGUCAAGUCCGUGCAGUGAACAUCAACAAUCUGACCCACGCAUUGCUGCCCUGGUCCAAGUUUGAAGAGAAGUUAACAGCAUUGAGAGAAGGUUUUCAGCAUGGUGAUAAUGGCAUUGAUAAUGAAGUGUUUAAUGAUCCUGAUGAUGUCUGGGAAAAGGUUCCAUGUCCUACAAUGUCUUCCAACAGUCUGAGUAAGUUCACCAAUGUGAAUGAACUGCCCAAGACACCAGUGUUUGGACUAAGGACGUGCAUCAAACCGUACAGUCCUAGAUCAACAGAUGAAAUUGAGUUGACCUUGGUGAAAACAUUAAAAUAUUUACUGUCCAGUAGUAACAGUGAUAUUACAGCCACUGAAGAGUCUCCUGUAGAUAAAGUCUUGAUCAUAUGCCAAAGAAUGAAACAGAACAUUGAAUUAAUUGCACAGUCAAUUAAAAUCAGCAAAAAGGCUAAAAAAGGUAUGGGUGCAGAAUGGAGCCAGCCAAUGUCUGUGAUUGUAGUAGACGUCCACACACUAACUCUGCUCACCUCUCAAUGGUAUAGUGACCACAGUGGGACCAAGUCUUCUCUGGUGAAAGAUUUGCUGGACCAAGCUGCUGACUGGGUCAGUGAUCUUCGACGCCACUCCACUUCCCUGCUACAGGCUUGUGAAGGUCAGCUAGUCAGUCUUACAACUGAAAGUGGACACAAGCUGGCCGCAACACUGUUGUCACUGUGUGAAACCUGUGGUGGGCUGGCCUUAGCCACUCAGACAAAUGUCCAGCGAAUUGGUCCCUCACAACUUGAACAUGACAGAAACAAGUUGAGCUCAGAUGUGGUCAAAAGUUUUGUAUCUGGCUGUAACAGACUGGCUACUCACGUAUUUGAAAGUGGUCUCACCUCUCUAGAGCAGUUAGAACACAAAUGUGAUGACAUAGCUCGUGCUGUGAACUCGGACCAGAAAGCUCGUGAAAUGUCCAGAAGGCUGAAACAUGUCCUGUCGUGUAUCCAAGCCCUUGUGCAGAAAACAUUGAAACAAGGACUAGCUCAAGAAGCUUUGCAUGGAGACCAGAAAUCUCCUCAGUUUUAUGAAGCCGUGUAUGCUAGGCUUCAGAAAAUUGUAUCCAGUGUCUUGGCUGUGGUGAAGUCCAGCAAAUCCUUGCUGUUGGCUGCUGAGUCUGUACUGCAUGGUUCUGGUCAAGAUAGUCUGUCCCUACAGAAAUGUAUGGAGAAACUUCUACACCACUGUCAGCAACUGAUGCCUGCUUUGUCUCUAACAUACACUCAGACCUCCGCCGUGACAGGCCCUCGAGAACAACCCUCCGGCUCAGUGUCUUCCACGAGCUCUUCUUCCUGGUCAUCGUUGUCCUCCACUAGCGACAUGUCUCAGUCCUCUUCCAGCAGCGCUAACUCCCCCAGCUCCGAAGUGACCACAACCCUGUCAGAUCUAACAGAGGUCUCCUUUCUCUCAGAAUCCCAGCUCAGCUUCCUGGACUCUGCAGUGCAGGAGGUUGCCAUGGCUUCUUCUCUUUUCUCGGAGUACCUCACCGACACAUGGGGCAGCAGGACAGUGUCAAAGUUCAGCAUUCCAGACUUGAAAAGCUCCACAAAACAAAAUGCAACUAAAAGAAUAUUUACCACCAUCUCAGAAAACUAAAUGGAAUAAAAAAUAUUUCAGAGCAGUAAUACAUAAAUACCAGAAUCUAUCUCAUCAAGUGCCUAUGAUUGAUUUAUGUAUAUACUUUUUUUUUCUUAAGUGCCAUUAGUGCUUAUUUAAACAAUAAUAUUAUUCUUUAUUAAAACUCUAUAUUACAAAUGUGACUUUCCACCCCCCCAAUAUAUCUCCACUUGAACUCAGCUAUGUUCAUUAUAAUUAAAUGUAAGAUUACAUAUUUAUGAUCAGCUAAUGACUUACAAACUCUUAUUUAUCAUGACCAGGUUGAAGCAAGAGACUGCUAUGAUCAUUUUUUUUGCUAUUGUAUUAGGGAUGAUAAUCUCUUAUCAAUUUACAAAUAGUUUGUUUGUUUUCUUGACAUAUCAAGCAAUUUUUUUCUUAUCAUAUUUAAUUUUUUUUUUUCACGAAUGCACAAUAUAUUUAAUAUGUAUAUUUAUACUUUAUCUCUAGUACUCACAAAUUAUUAGCAAUAUUUAUCAUAUUUAUUUAUUUGAAUUCUUUCAUGUACUCAUUAGAUUGAGAUCACUAUGACUUUGUGUCCUUUACUGGACCACACUAUGACUUUGUGUCCUUUACUGGACCACACUAUGACUUUGUGUCCUUUACUGGACCACACUAUGACUUGGUGUCCUUUACUGGACCAAAUCUUCCUACUUUUGAGGAAUUAUUUCAAUAUUUCCAAUAAAGUGAAUAAAUGCUAUCCUUCUGUUUCCUUCAAUGAAUUCUACCCGUCUGAUUAGUCAGUUAUUUAACGUUCUACCAGGACAGCUGCUUGGUCGUUCGGUAUGUGCGCUGGAAUGUUGUUUGGUUCUCUCGAUGGUCCAGGUUUAUACCCUGCCUGCUGACAUCCCCCGUCAUCCUGCGGGAAGAUUGGGCUAGGAUGUAGAUUAUCUUCAACUAUGAAAGAACAUCCUAAACAUGUAAAACAUACAGACUGCCUGGUUGUGCGGUAUGCGCUUUACACUGUCAUCUUAAUCGUCCCGACUUCAUAUUCCAAACUCUGCCCACUGCCAUCUUGCAUGAGGUUUGGGUUCUGAUAUGGUAAUCUUCAUUUCUAUAGGAAUGUCCAGAACUUACAAAUCAAAUACCUUAUUUCAAUCAAUAUAUGUUGUCCUUACUGUUAAAUCACUAAUUGCUGUCCAUCUAGUCUUUUCAUUUAAUGUUAUGUUAGUGUAAUUGUUCAAUAAACUAUAUCUCAAUAUUAUAAUAAUUUAGUGUGUGUAUGUGAAUUCAUGUUUUUUUUUUUUAUUGUUUUUUUUUAUGUUACUAAAUUUUGUAUUUUUGUUGCUUUUAUGUUAGGAGCAGAACGAAGUCAUAACCAAUCAAGUAAGAAUGUUUAUAUUGAACCAUUAAUUUGCAUGACAUUUUAUGAUUUGAA